AUGGACGCGACGUUAGGACCUAGCGGAUUAUACAGGGAAAGCUACCGAGGUUCCAGGAGGAAGUUAAAGUCUUCUUCGGUGAAGAGUAGGGUGACGGGAGAGUGGUGUGCUUAUCACCAAGUUUCUGGUCAUGAUACCGGGAAGUGCAGAGCUUUACAGCAUGCUGUUGAGAAAUUGAUCACAACAGGAAAGACUGUUAAAGCGCAGCGUAAUAAACCUCCUACAAUCGGAGAAAUAGGCACAAUCGUCGGAGGCUUUAGCGGAGGAGGAAUCACUAGUGCAGCGCGCAAGCGAUAUCUCAGAACGGUGAAUGCGGUUGCAGAAGAACCUUUCGGUUUCCGGCAUCCGGACAUCACAUUUUCACCCGCUGAUUUUUUCGGGUUAAAACCACACUUAGAAGACUCGAUCGUGAUCUCCAUUCGGGUUAACCACUUCGACGUACAACGAACGCUCUUGGACCAGGGGAGUUCAACAGAUAUCAUCUACGGAGGGGCGUUUGCGCAACUUGGAAUAAGGGAAGGUGACCUUACCCUAUGA